AUGAAGAGCACUCAACCAAACAGUGAUGAUAGCCCUAACCGGGAUGAACGACGAGGGCGGCUGGAAGUUUUCUACUCCAACUGGGCGAAUUAUUUUACAGCUAGACCAUUGACUUCGAGGGGAUUUCGGAACAAAAAGGACGUGCUGUGUUAUAGGAAUUGCGUCCUAACAGCAUUGCUACAUCAGCCACUAUUUGUGAAUUGGUUAUUGCUUCAUAUACAAGAAAAAGGCGAUUCCUCCCAGAAUGAGGAAUGUCUUGCAUGCUUAUUAGGACAUCUAGUUGAUGAAUACUGGUCUUCUGGAUCGUCUGAAAGUCUAGAGGAAUUCCUUCUGGGUUUCUGGGAUGCAUGUUCUCAAUUUUGGGAUACACGCUCUGAGGAUCAACAGGACUGCGUUGAAUUUUUGACCAAAUUGAUUUCCCAGAUCAGCAAUGUGUAUACGGGAGAUAUUCAACACAUUUUCCAGAGUGUUUUCAAAUACCGAAGCACAUGCCAAAACUGUCAAAACACCAAGUACUCCGAAAGAGAUCAUUCGUGGGUGUUAGGAGCUUCCCCGCUGAAGAAGCAGCGAGGGUCUAUCGAGGAUUGCAUCCAAGAGUAUAUGAAGCCAGAAGAAAUUUCAGGGUACCAUUGCGGCAACUGUAAUACGAAAUCGACGCUUCAUCGGCACAUGUUUAUCAGGGAUGCACCUGAAGUGCUUAUGGUCCAGGUCACUAGAUUCAAGAUAUCAGAAAGCGGCAAAUCCUCAAAAGUAAAAACAAAGGUUGGAUUCGCCGAAGACCUGGAUCUCACGCAACAGCUGGUUCCACGGGCCGGAAGAUCAGGAGAAACCCUCCGCUACCAGCUUACUUCGGUUAUCGUCCACCUUGGAACUACUAUCAGGGAGGGGCACUAUAUUUCAUACGUCAAGGGGCCAAGGGGCUCCUGGACAUGCCUGGACGAUGAAUCCUCCAACGUAGUCAACAUUAACCAUGUGCUUAAUUGCCAUGACAGUACGACUGUUCCUUAUGUCCUGGUCUAUAACAGACGGCCCCUUUUUACAGGACCACUGGGAGAAAGCAAUAUACUCCCCGAUGCUGCAGGCCCCUAUUCAAUUGCAGAAGGGGUUGGACCCUCCCCACCCGCCGAAGUGGAGGAGAUGGCCUCUAGCAUGCAUGAGACCUCUGCACAUAUAACUAUCCAAAACCCUCAGGCGCAACAGUGCGAGGAAGCUGCCUUGGGAACGCCUGGGGUAAGUGAUGGUUUGUCAUACUUGUUUGAAGACCCAGACAGUCCGUCCGAUGGUUCCUCUAGCCCUAGCUUGGGAGCCCGCUGGGAGGGCCAGCCCGCAGAGAUCGCUGUACAGGUCACCAUGGGUGAUAUGGUCUUAACAGGGGUCCUCAAAGGCAUUUUACAGAAGGGCCCUACGCACCUGGACUUUGGCAGCCAUAGAGGAGCUGUUGGUACGAGAUCAACGGGUAUUGUGAAGUCGAGCCAUCUGGCUCAAAGGGCUAAUCAGGUGAAAAAGAGGCGCCUUCAAUCAAAGCAUGACGUUGGUUCCAAGAUAACCCAGUGA